AUGAAGCUGUCUUCGGUCGCUGCCUCAGUCCUCGUCUCCGCUUCGGCGGUCUCUGCAUCCCCAAUCCACAAGCGCGAGCUCGGAGGUGUCCUCAUGUGCACCGGAGCCAACGCAACAGGAACCUGCCACUACGAGGUCUACAAGCUCGAAAAGUGCCACCAGCUGCCUCCCCCAUUCUACAAGAACGUCAAGACGUUCGCCCCGGACGGCGAGAACUUUGCCUGCUACCCUCGCGUGUACGACUGCGGCGGCAUCUGCAAGAGCCCCACGGGCUGCACCUUUGGCAAGGUCGACUUCAACUACGAGCACAAGUACAACAUCAGCGCCAUCGGGUGGGACACUCUGUUCCAGAGCUUUGACUGCUUCGAGAAGCGGAAGCCUUCUCCUCUUCCUUGA